AUAAUUCUUCUAACAUCAAUUAUCAAGAACUCCCAUAAUGUCUGGAAUAAUGAAAAAAAAAAGUUAUAUUUGGCAACAUUUCUCACCGAUUAAUAAUCAAAAAGCGAAAUGCGAGCACUGCUCUAAAGUACUUUCUUUUAGUGGUGGUGCUACCGGAAAUUUAAAUAGGCACAUGAAAAAAUUACAUGGGACUAUACAAUUACUGCCAUCGUUUGGGGAAGUAAAUUUAAGAACAAAUGACGAUUUGUUUGCAGAGCCAUCUACUUCUACAACAAUGCCAGGAAAUUCAGAAAGCCCAGAAAAUAUUUCUACAAAUAUGCCAAAUAAUCGGAUGUUUCAGGUAUCGGCACCUGUACAGACUCGUAUCGACACAUAUACAAAGUCUUUAAAACCAUUACCUGUUUAUAAAACAAAACAACUGGAUGAGCAAAUUGUCAAAUUUAUUGUGAAAGGCUUUCACGCAUUUUGCAUUGUAGAAGAAGACGAAUUUAAAAACAUAUUUAAAUUAAUACUCCCAUCUUAUUCAAUACCCACUCGCAAAACCAUAUCCAAUAGUCUUAUACCAAAGUUCUAUCAAACAACCAAAGAAAAAGUUUUACUUCAAUUAUCAUCUGCUGAAGCUGUGUGCUUAACAACGGACGGCUGGACAUCAAUGAAUAAUGUGAGUUUCAUAUCACUCACAGCACAUUUCAUCGAUGAAAAAACACAACUUCAAUCAGUUUUAUUGGGAUGUACCGAAUUCCAUGAGCGGAAAACCAAAGAAAAUUUACUGAAUUUUCUACAGACAGAAGUGUUGAAAUGGGGGCUUAGUAAUAAAAUUACUGCUGUCAUUACUGACAAUGCAGCUAAUAUAUUAGCAGCUGUACGCUCAACGACGUGGCGUCACUUUUCGUGUUUUGCCCACGAUAUUAAUCUGGUCGUUUUUCAUAGUCUGACUACAAUUCAGGAUGAGUUAGAAAAAGUAAAAGCAAUUGUUCAGUAUUUCAAACAUAGCUCAUAUGCUGACCAUAAACUAAAAGCAAUGCAAGCCCAGUUGGAACUUCCUCUACUAAAAUUAAAACAAAGUGUAGUCACAAGAUGGAAUUCGACCUACGAUAUGCUCGAACGCAUUUUAAAAAUUAAAGACGCCGUUGUGAGUACAUUAGCAAUUGAACAACCGAAGCUAAAUACACUAUCACCCGAAGACUGGAAAAUGCUAGAGGAAACUUGCAACAUAUUAAAAGUAUUUUAUGAAAUUACUACUGAAAUAAGCUCCGAACAAAUAGUUUCUAUAUCAAAACCUAUAAUAUUUGUAAGAUUAAUGAAAAACCACGUUUUAAAAUCCCUAACCAACAUGAAUUCCGCUCGCUGUCAAUCUUUGUUAGAAAAACUCAGACAACAAUUAAACGAAAGGUUUAAGGAUAUAGAAUCUAAUGUAUUAACCUCUGAAGCUUCAUUCCUGGACCCACGAUUUAAAAAACAUGCAUUUUCUAACAGGGAACAAAAUCUGUACCCAGCUUAA